AUGUCGAAGUCGUGCAAGGGGCUAGCCAUGGAGCUCGUCAAGUGCCUCAGCGAGACCGACUGCGUCAAGGUGCAGAAGAGGCCGUACAAGGAGUGCGCCGGGGAGAAGGCGCCCAACAUCACCAGCGAGUGCGUCGGCCUGCGGGAGACCUACUUCAACUGCAAAAGGGGCCAGGCAUGUCUUCAAUCUCUCGCUGUGAAUCAGCCACACCAGUUAUAUUAA